AUGUCAGAAUUAGUAAAAAAUUUAUCAAUAAAACCGGAUAUAAGUAAGCCGCGUUGGAGUCAAAAAACUUUCGAUGGUCGUUUAAAGCAUUUUUUUAUUAUAACAAAUCCAUUAAAUCUUUUUAUAAGUAAUUCACGGCUCGAACAUUCGAAACAAAUCGUUAUGAAUUAUAAAUCGGGUAUUAUUCCUGAGAAUUUAACUGUUGAUGAACUAUGGCGUGCAAAGCAAAUAUUUGAUUCGGCUUAUCAUCCAACGACUUAUCAAAAAAUGUUCCUUCCAGGUAGAAUGAGUGCACAAGUACCAUUUAAUAUGGCUUUAACUGGUGCCAUGUUGACCUUUUAUAAGACACCUCGAGAGGUAAUAUUCUGGCAAUGGUUAAAUCAAUCGUUUAAUGCGGUUGUUAAUUAUACAAAUCGUGCAGGAAAUGAAGUAUCGCUAAGACAACUCUUUGCAUCAUAUGUAUGUGCAACAGGUGGUGCACUUGCUGCUGGCCUAGGACUUAAUGCACUUGUCAAGAGUGCACCACCUCUGAUUGGACGGCUAGUACCAUUUUGCGCUGUUGCAACUGCAAAUAUGAUUAAUAUUCCAAUGAUGAGAGCAAGAGAAUUCGUUGAUGGGAUUGAUGUACAAGAUGAAGAUGGGAAUAAAUUAGGAUCAAGUACAAAAAUUGCUACAAAAGCGAUUGCACAAGUCACUCUUUCCCGUGUCGGAAUGGCUACGCCAACAUUUGUGGUGAUUCCUGUUAUUAUGAAUUCAGUUGUAAAGACGCAUUGGUAUAAACGUCGACCGUGGUUAGCCGUUCCAUUGCAGACAGCGCUAGCUGGUCUCAUACUUUUAUUCUCAACUCCAUUUUGUUGUGCAUUAUUUCCUCAGUUAAGCUCCGUUAAAGUAAAAGAUUUAGAACCAGAAUUACAGGAAAAAAUCAACAAACUUUCUAAUCCUCCUCAUACUGUUUAUUAUAAUAAAGGAUUAUAA